CUCUGGGGUCCGCGUUGUCUGCUGCCAUGGCGGCUCGCGGCGUGGGUGUGCUGACCCGCUGGUCCCUCUGCUCUCGGAGAGGUCGAGUCCACCGCCCUGUUUUCAGGCUUGUCAGUAGUGCGGGACCCGCGGCCGCGGACCUCGGGAGGGACGAGCAGCCUCCGGGAAGCGAGGUCCCAGGCACUGAAGACAAGACUCCCAAAAAGAGAUUCUCUGAGGUGCAGAGAGAAAGACGAGAACAGGCACAGCGGACUGCCCUAAUACAUUGCCCUAAUAAAAUCAGCGAAAAAAAGUUUCUCAAAUACUUAUCUCAACAUGGACCUAUUAAAAAUCAUUUCUUCUAUGAAAGCUUUGGUCUUUAUGCGCUUGUGGAAUUUUGCCAGAAGGAUAGCAUAGAUUCACUGAAGCACGGAAGUCAUACUCCAAGCCUAAGCACAGAAGCUGCGAUUCCGUUUCGAUCGCGUUUCUUCAGUCUGAGACAGAGAAAUCCAUCCAGCCAGAGUUCCGAACAGUCCUGUGUAAAGAUAAGCAGUCAGGUGCCUCCUACAAACAGGAAACUUUUCGACGUACUUUAUUAUGCAGAAAGUGUAGAUGAUCAGCUGAACAAUCUGCUGAAGGCAUCUGAGCUCACAGAGGAGAAUACUAAGCUCCGCUAUCUUACCUGUUCCCUUAUUGAAGACAUAGCAGCAGCUUAUUUUCCCAGCUGUACAGUCAGACCCUUUGGUUCCUCAGUGAACACUUUUGGGAAAUUAGGAUGUGAUCUGGACAUGUUUUUGGAUCUAGAUGAAUUUAGAGAAAACACCACUAACAAGAAUGUUGGAAAUUUUUUGAUGGAAUUUCAAGUGAAAAGUGUUCCUUCAGAAAGAAUUGCGACUCAGAAGAUCCUGUCUGUGAUAGGAGAAUGCCUUGACCACUUUGGUCCUGGUUGUGUGGGCUUGCAAAAAAUCUUAAAUGCUCGGUGUCCACUUGUGAGAUUUUCCCACCAGCCCUCUGGAUUUCAGUGUGAUUUGACUACUAACAAUAGGAUUGCUUUGAAAAGUUCAGAGCUUCUUUAUAUCUAUGGUGCCUUGGAUUCAAGAGUAAGAGCGUUGGUGUUUAGUAUACGACACUGGGCUCGUACACACUCAUUGACAAGUAGUAUUCCUGGUGCUUGGAUUACGAACUUCUCCCUUACAAUGAUGGUCAUCUUCUUCCUCCAGAGAAGAUCACCUCCUAUUCUUCCAACCCUGGAUUCCUUAAAAUCCCUAGCAGGUGCUGAAGAUAAAUGUAUAAUAGAAGGCAACAAUUGUACCUUUCUUAGUGACUUGAAUAAAAUUAAACCUUCAGGAAACACAGAAACACUAGAAUUACUACUGAAGGAAUUUUUUGAGUAUUUUGGCAAUUUCGCUUUCAAUAAAAAUUCCAUAAAUAUUCGACAGGGAAAGGAACAAAAUAAACCUGAUUCAUCUCCUCUGUACAUUCAGAAUCCUUUUGAAACUUCUCUCAACGUAAGCAAAAAUGUAAGUCAAAGCCAGAUGCAAAAAUUUGUAGAUCUGGCCAGAGAAAGUGCGUGGAUUUUAGAUCAGGAAGACCGAGCUUCCUCAGAUGAUAGGCCCUGGGGCCUGGCAGCCCUUCUGUUACCCUCCAUAAUCAGCAAAUCUCAUGCUAAGAGGUCAAAGAACAAGCCCGCAAGUGAAAGAGUAAGGAGCUUGCUAGAAUCCAUUAAACAAGGCAAUACAGCAGAUCCUGCCAGCACCGAUGGGGAAAGAACCAUGAAUACCCAGACAUAGUUCAGCUGCAGGGCUGAAGUUGGCGCCUGGCCUGCCAGGGAGGACUGGUGUAGACUUCUCCAAGGCAGCUGUCAUCUAUUCUCCAUCUCCUCAUUGGCUCCUUUACCUGGCCUCAAUUUCUGGACGUUUUCAUUCAGACCAGUGUGAUACCCAGGCAGCAUUUAAUUGAACAGCAAACACAGCAGUGGAAUGCAAAGACUGGAAUGAACUUUCAAAUAAACUUCACACUUAAUGGCAAAAAUCAGUCUUAGAAUCAGAUCAUUGUUGAUAUCCAUGGCAGACCCUGGUUGGGAAGCAUUUCAAAGGACUUCUAGUUAUGUACAUAUACCAGCAAUGAAUGCAAUAAAGCUUCUGA